GCAGUAGCGCAUGUGCUCUAAAGGGUGGCGUUAAACGGGAAAGACUUUGGCAUCGAGUCAGUGAGCGGCGCACCGGGAUCGCAAGUAGAACCCCCGCGUUAUGUCCGGGUGUGAGCAAGGGGUGAUUGUGUGGCGAUGCUAGAGUUCAGUCCAGACCUAUGUCUGUCAGGAGCCUCCAUCGCCGGGUGUCAGGACCCGGUGGAUAUGUGCAACACUUCCACAACCAAAACGGGGAGAAAACUUUACUUAUCACAAAGGCUAGAUCGGCGGAACAGCCAGUCAUAUGGAGAAAUGGGGAGAAAGCAUUACUUAUCACAAAGGCUAGAUCGGCGGAACAGUCAACCAUAUGGAGGGACGGCGGGGAUGUCGGAGAUCGUCGCGGCGUUGGAGGUGGUGGUAUCUGCGGGCCGGGAGGGGGUGGUUUUGGAAAUGGUGGCGGCGGCGGCGGCGACAUCGGAGGAAUUGGAGGAGGAGGAGGCGGUGGCGUCGGUGGCGUCGGCGGUGCCCGGCGCGUGCCCAGUCUGCGGUUAGCAAACGGACGGGUCGCCGCGGCUCAGUCCGAAGAGGAGAUCCGGACGCCGCCGCCUCACCGCUUGGCCAAGGAUGACUCGAUCAAAAUCAGUAUCGAGAACACGAACACGUGCACCGACUCGCUGGUGACCGCACUCGAUGACGAGACUCUUCUCAUUCCGGACUUCCUCACCAACGACAUGAACUACAAAGGCAGUACCGGCAAAGUCCACUUCGGGGUGGACGACGCUUCCCUCUAUGGCACCCCCAAGGAGGAGCCGGGUCCUACCCCCAUGGGCUCCACGGAAGCCAGCAAGCAGAGCUUCCUCAAGAACCAGCUGCAGGCCCUCUUCCAGCCCACCGAUAACAAGUUGGCCAUGAAGCUUUUCGGGUCCAAGAAGGCCCUCAUGAAGGAGCGCAUCCGUCAGAAGGCUGCAGGACACUGGGUGAUACAUCCUUGCUCCAGCUUCCGAUUUUACUGGGACCUCUGCAUGCUGCUUCUUCUGGUGGCGAAUCUGAUCAUCCUGCCCGUAGCGAUUAGUUUCUUUAACGAUGAUUUGAGCACUCGAUGGAUUGCGUUUAAUUGUCUCUCUGACACAAUUUUUCUCAUAGAUAUCGUCGUCAACUUUCGAACAGGUAUUAUGCAACAAGACAACGCGGAGCAGGUGAUUCUCGACCCGAAACUGAUCGCCAAACAUUACUUGAGAACGUGGUUUUUCCUCGACCUCAUCUCGUCCAUCCCUCUAGAUUAUAUAUUUCUUAUAUUCAACCAAUUCCAGGAUUUCGGCGACAGUUUCCAAAUCCUGCACGCGGGACGCGCCUUGCGCAUCCUGCGUCUUGCCAAGCUGCUAUCCCUCGUGCGCCUGCUGCGACUCUCCCGCCUCGUUCGUUAUGUCAGCCAAUGGGAGGAAGUCUACAUCCCCAUGUACCAACAACCUCAAGGCAGGCAGACCGAUUUUGCCGAAGACGGUACCCCAAUUACCCCACCCAGAGACAGGACCACCGAGAUCUUGCAGAAUCUUCAAAAAAAGCGAACGGAACGAAGGGGGCGCCUCAGUUCGGAGGUCAACAAGUCUAAAUACAGCAAAAGCAAUCUGAUAUUUAAGUUUCUUAAUAUGGCCAGUGUUUUCAUGCGGAUUUUUAAUUUGAUUUGCAUGAUGUUGCUCAUCGGGCAUUGGUCCGGGUGUCUGCAAUUUUUAGUUCCCAUGCUGCAGGGAUUCCCAUCUAAUUCAUGGGUUGCCAUCAACGAUUUACAGGAAGCUUCAUGGUUAGAACAGUAUUCCUGGGCGUUAUUCAAAGCUAUGUCUCAUAUGCUGUGCAUCGGUUACGGCCGUUUUCCGCCACAAUCGCUGACUGACAUGUGGCUAACGAUGUUGUCAAUGAUCUCCGGAGCCACGUGCUAUGCCCUUUUCCUGGGUCAUGCCACUAACUUGAUCCAAAGUUUGGAUUCAUCACGUAGGCAGUACAGAGAGAAAGUGAAACAAGUGGAAGAGUACAUGGCGUACAGGAAGCUCCCUCGGGAGAUGAGACAGAGAAUCACCGAGUACUUUGAACACAGGUAUCAGGGGAAGUUCUUCGACGAGGAGUGCAUCCUCGGAGAGUUGUCCGAGAAGCUGCGCGAAGACGUGAUCAACUACAACUGUCGAUCACUGGUGGCCUCGGUUCCUUUCUUCGCGAACGCCGACUCGAACUUUGUCUCCGAUGUGGUCACUAAGCUUAGAUAUGAAGUCUUCCAACCAGGUGAUAUUAUUAUAAAGGAAGGUACAAUUGGUUCAAAGAUGUACUUCAUACAAGAGGGCAUAGUAGACAUCGUGAUGGCUAAUGGUGAUGUGGCGACCAGCCUGAGCGAUGGCAGCUACUUCGGAGAGAUCUGUCUGUUGACGAACGCUCGGCGCGUCGCUUCCGUCAGAGCUGAGACCUACUGCAAUCUCUUCUCGCUGUCCGUGGACCAUUUCAACGCCGUGCUGGAUCAGUACCCGCUGAUGCGACGGACCAUGGAGUCGGUAGCCGCGGAGAGGUCAGUGCGUUGGUUGAACAAGAUCGGAAAGAAUCCGAACUUGGUGACUCAUCGAGAGGAAGACCUGGGCAGCGAGAGCAAAACGAUAAACGCCGUGGUAAACGCGCUUGCUGCGGAGGCGGACAACGUGAAUAUGUCGGACGAGUCGAUAGCUCGUCUUCACUCGAGCGACCACAGCCUCCAGGAACUCGGGAGGACGUUGCAGAAGAUGUCCACACUGCCCAGGCCAAAGUCGGAGAACAAUUUCGCGUCGCAGGAUAUACCGUUGUCGCGCGGUGGCAACGACCACAACGGCAGACCACCCUUCCACAAAUCGGAUACCUUUCACAAGGAGUCUGCUUUCCAAUGACGGCACUCCACGCACUAGUGCUCCUCUGCUCUAAAUAUAUCUUUAUCUCAGUCCACGCCAUGGGCGCAGCGACAACUACAUCCUACUUCUUCGAAACCUUCAACAACAUCCACUCGUAGUACCACAGCAACUAUUUUUCUUCAUCCAUCCCAAACAACAUAACUUUCAGUAACAAACUAGAGUGCGUGUGCGUAUCAGCAAAAAGGAAAUCCUCACAAACAAAUUAUAAGAUAACGAUGAGAGAAGAACACCGUUUCUUCAUAAACAAAACAAAACAUAACAGAAUCGAUUCCACCUAUAUAUUACUUGUAUACUACUUGUAUAGUAAUUAUUAAAUAGAAAGCAAUACGUGUGCUACAUGGACACUAACGAAACGCUAGUAAUGUGCAAUAUUAGAUAACUUAUAUUUUAUGUUUAGCUUAACAAGGAAAGAAAAAUAUAUUGUAGAAAAGAGGAAACGGAAGGAAAAGCACACAAUAUGUUUAUUAUGUGCUUAAAGAAAAUAUAUAUAAUUAAGGUUUAAGUAAGCCGAAUAUACCUUGAUAAAAUAUACUCAACUCAACUGGUUUUACGCGAAACUUCGCUCAUUGUCGCCCCGGUUUUUGGUUCACACGGUUAUCCCUUUAAAAAUUUCUCUUCGGUUGCUUUGUUAAUUUAAUGAAUUGCGAAAACUAAACAAACUUGUUGCAUAAUAACUAUCAGAUUUAUUUCCAAAUGAAAUAACUACUGCAAGAUCUCUCUGAGCAACACACUAGAGCAAAUAGCUUAAUAUUUGUAAUCAUUGGUUGGAAUGUUGAUUGGAGGUAUUACAGUGAAAGAAAUCAUUUCAUAAAAAUUUUAUUUUCAAACAUAAAGGUUCCGAAAAAAAAAGGUGGAUGCUCCGGGAUUUUUAAUGAACGGAUAGCGAAACAUCACAAGAGCCUAUUAAAUCUUUAAAAAGCAACUAUUUUACAAUAUGUUAGGUUUUAGAGUACAAAUGUAAGCGAAUUCACGUUUUUGGAUAUGAGCGGGACGAAGGUAAAUCAAAAUGUGUGUGUUUGCAAGGGAAGGUGUGAAAAGGAAUUUAAUAUCACUAACAUUGGAAUUGAACAUUUCUCGAGUGCAUCGGAUGGAAUUAGUCAAUUAAUUAAAUACAAAAUGGAACUAUGUUAAAGGCAUCAUUUGAACCUCGAACAGGCCAAACAAACGAUUCAUAUUUGUAAAUAUCGUGAAUACUGUAUAUACUUAUAUUAUAUAAAUAACUUAUUGUUUCAUUCUCAUUUCCGAAGCGACAAAGAAAAUAAUGCAAGAAGAGAAAACCAAAAACCGUGGUCCUGGCUCUUAUGUAUUGUUGUUCAUUUAAUGUUCGAUUAUUUUGGAGGCGUAAGAGAAGUUUAUCGUGCACACUGUACUAAUGAGAGUAUCACGCACCCCUUGGGACCUCCGAAUACUUAACGGAGGUGGAAUGUUAUUAAUGAACUUGAGUAGGCCUAAAUUGGAAAUAAUCGUACGAUGGUAAUAUUUUUUUUGUUACCGUUUCAGUUACAUCGGCGUAAUAGUAAAUUGCACUAAAAAAAAAUUAUUAACAUACAUAUAUUUAAUUAAUGAAUAAAUUAAUUAAGUAAUGGAACACUGUUUAGCUGUGAUCUUUAAACUUGAAACAAGAAGAAAUAAUGAUAUAAAUUUUCCAUCAGAUCUUAUCUUAUUAUUGGAUUUGAAUUUUCUUAUUGAUCAUAGUGGAAGAAACAUGAAGUUCGAAGAAAACGGGAAGGAAGUAGAUGAUAUAAAUUAUACUAGCGUAACA